AGCUUCCUCCUCCGUAAGGCGGGGGACGGAGCGGUGACAGCGCCGCGCUCUGGGGGGGAAUGGCACUACAUGCCACACCACUUCCCCAGCACGCUGUCACUCAAUGUGGUGAGGAGCGGACUGGCCACAGGAAAGUCCCAGGAGCUGGCGGCGGGCAGCAGGGAUCUCCAGCGCAGGCGGGCACAAGGAAUCCUUAUAGGAGAUUAACAGCCUGAGGAAGGGACGAGAGAGAUGGGGAGUGGAAUCAGCGCUGAAGACAAGGAACUGGCCAAGAGGUCCAAGGAGCUGGAAAAGAAGCUGCAGGAGGAUGCUGACAAGGAAGCCAAGACCGUGAAGCUGCUGCUGCUGGGUGCUGGUGAGUCCGGAAAGAGCACCAUCGUCAAACAGAUGAAGAUCAUUCACCAGGACGGCUACUCACCAGAAGAGUGCCUGGAGUUCAAGACUAUCAUCUACGGGAAUGUGUUGCAGUCCAUCCUGGCCAUCAUCCGGGCCAUGUCCACGCUGGGCAUUGACUAUGCUGAACCAAGCUGUGCGGAUCACGGACGACAGCUCAACAACCUGGCCGACUCCAUCGAGGAGGGGACCAUGCCUCCCGAGCUGGUGGAGGUCAUUAGGAAGCUGUGGAAGGAUGGUGGCGUGCAAGCCUGCUUCGACCGGGCUGCGGAGUACCAGCUCAACGACUCGGCAGCUUACUACCUGAACCAACUGGACCGGAUUACAGAUCCUGACUAUCUUCCUAAUGAGCAAGACGUGCUACGCUCUAGAGUCAAAACCACAGGCAUCAUUGAGACCAAGUUCUCUGUCAAAGACUUGAAUUUCAGGAUGUUUGAUGUGGGCGGGCAGAGAUCAGAGAGAAAGAAGUGGAUCCACUGCUUUGAGGGGGUCACCUGCAUUAUUUUCUGCGCAGCCCUCAGUGCCUACGACAUGGUGCUGGUGGAAGAUGACGAAGUGAAUCGUAUGCAUGAGUCUUUGCAUCUGUUCAACAGCAUAUGCAACCACAAGUUCUUCGCUGCUACUUCCAUUGUGCUCUUUCUCAACAAAAAGGACCUCUUUGAGGAAAAAAUCAAGAAAGUUCAUCUCAGUAUUUGUUUUCCAGAGUAUGAUGGAAACAACUCCUAUGAGGAUGCGGGGAAUUAUAUCAAGAGCCAGUUCCUUGACCUCAAUAUGAGAAAAGAUGUCAAAGAAAUCUACAGUCACAUGACCUGCGCUACAGACACACAGAAUGUCAAAUUUGUGUUCGAUGCAGUUACAGACAUCAUCAUCAAAGAAAACCUCAAGGACUGUGGGCUCUUCUAACCCCGCCCCCCCAGGUAUACACUCUGCAAACAGCCUUGGAAUCUGGGUCACUUCAAGCUGAAAAUUGUAGGUCAGUGUACCUUGACACAAAGAAUGUAACCAUUCUCUCUUGGACAUGGAGACUGCUUGACUGCAACAGGGCCUCUGGGUCUCAUAGGUUCUUUUCAACGUGGGAUAGCUAGUUCAGUUUAAAGAGUACAAGGCCAGCAGCUCCUAAGACCCAGGUUUCAGUACUGGUUUUGAAACUUAAUAUAGGAAUGUGAAUCCUUUGUUUAUCUGAGCUUCAAGGUACUCAUUUAAAAUGAAGCCCUCCCUCCUUCCCUCACAGAGUUAGGCUGAGAAACACACACAUAAUGCAAGAGCAGGUACAUAGCGCUGUGGUUACAAUCACAGAAAUAAGUCCUAUAAAAAAAACUGCAAUUUAUAAAAUUCUACACCUGAUUUUUAGAAUAAACUAUCCCAAAUAAAACAGCAAAACCUUCUACAGUCUGCAAAAAAUAAAAAAUAAACAACUAUUAAAAACAAAACCUCAAUAAAUCUCCCACCCCUUUAACAGGCCUCUAUGUGCCUUGGCUCAGAGAUCUGGAUCACUAAACAGGAACUGAAUUUGUUAGUUUCUAAGGCACCCAUCCAACAGUGAUCAUUUUAUUAAGCACAAAUUAUCUCUGCCCCUCAGGCGUCAAACAGACUGAGCUUCCUUUAUCUCUAAAAAUAACUGCUCAGCAAUACAAGAUAAUUCUUGACUAAACUUGGAGGACAGCAACAUACUCCCCUGUAAGACACUGAUGGUUUCACUGCUGCCACUUCUCUUGUCAUAGAAUUGAAAUUAAGUGGGCAAUUCUAUAAUUCUCAUUUCAGCUACUGCAUGUUCAGGAGAACAAAAGAGACAGCUGAGCUUACUUUAGGCACUGAGAAUCUUUGCAGUUGGAUCCACGUGAUGUGGGCGGAAAACACUAUCUCCCCAAACAGACCAGCAAAUAAAUUAUUCCUCUGAACUCUUCUGAGGGGAAAUGAAGCUUGCAUUUAUCAUGACAGGAGGUGGUGAAGUCAAGUAUAGAUUUAGCAUUUUACAACCACAAGCGAGGAAAGCUCUUGGCAUCCAAGAUUUAUACAUAAUACAAAAUGUCAGUUAAAACAAAAAUCUGCUCCUUGCCAGAAACACCCAUUCACACUUAGGCUGCAACUAGCAGUAUUAAUACUGGAGAGCCAUUUGAGUAUGGAAUUCAAUGAAGAAUUUGCAGCUGUUAAAACUGGAGUCAUUUAGUAGCGUUUCUGAUUCCCUAAAAAGAAACCAGCUGAGGAAGAGAAUUACCAGAGAAGCUACUCUGGCUAUUACAAAUUUUGCAACUUAAGCCCCCCCAAAAAUACAAAGCACCAAAAACACAAACCCUGGGCAUCCAAGAGUUCCCUGGGGACUACUCUGGCAUAUUCCAAAUAGCACUAGUCAUUUUACCUACACACAUACACACACACACACACAGAGUUCUGAUUCGGCUUUGCAUUACAUGAAUCUUUCUGGCAAUACGAUGAAACCUAUGGGCCCUCGUUUCAGAAUAUUGUUUAAGCAUUUAUUUACUUUAAUCUGCCCGAAAGGCAGAACAACAUACAGCACGAAAGAGAGAAAAUAUAUUCCAUACAUGGGUUCAGUCCACAAAUACUGGCAAAAGAUUUCCUUACCACCAUAAUCUUGCCCAUUCAGGCCCCACACAUAAUUUAUCACAUUUAUUCCAACUCCAUACAGGAUAGCCUCACCUCCCCUCAAAUUGUACCACACAGUUUGCUUCUCUGAAUCUAGGUAGAAACUGGUAUUGGGCCAAACUAUAAAUUGUAGCACCGGCUCCUUGGUUAGGAAUAUACACAUACAACCUGCCCUCUAGUACAGGAAAGAAGGCAGAGACUGUGGGACAGGCCUUGUGGCAGAACUGAAGUCUCCAGCAGAAUAAACAGGACUGCAUUUUAGUUGUCUUCUUGUCUGAUAGAAAUCCCAAUUUUUAACUGAUUUAUAAGCAAACCUAAACAAGUCACCUUGCAUGAACACUUGGCAAAAAUUAAUCUUGUAGAAUAGGAGGGGAAAUAGUGCUUAAAGCAACAUACCUGUUAUACAACUGCUGUUUACUGAGCUCAAAUCUAGUUAUAUUCAGAAUGGCUUCGAGCUAAACUUUUCUGGCAAUAAACCUUUUGGGCUCUAAUCAUCCAUUCUCCUGUGUCUGAGAACAAAGGCGAAAUAAUUUUCUGACACCUCUACCCUAAACUGGGCUCUCUUCUGGGUAGAGGAAGAGUACCUUGCCUCCGUGCUCUUGAUUGGUUCCCCAAAGGCAGAAACCCUUACCGAGUUUAACUGCUUGUCAGGCUCUCAGAGUUCCCAACCAUUACAGCUAACGUGCACUUGUAGGACUGACUGGUUUUUAUCUCCUAGAUAUUUUGAUUAUAUACGUGAAAAUUUCUCAUUGUAUGAAAUGACUAUAAAAAUGCUUAAAUUUACAUCAUAUACUCUAUUGUCUUUGUCUCCUUUUAAUUGCACACUGUAAAGUACUGCUGAGUUUCAUGUACCUUCUUCAUACCCUUAUAAACCAUCAGAAAUUCUCUUUUGUUAGCAAGGUCAGAAACAAAUAUUCUACCCUAUUUUCUGGCACUGCAACCAUAAUUUUUGGAAUACUAGUGUCAGAAGGAAUCUAAAAUUAUUUCAGGCCAUCACUAGCAAUUUAUACAUUGGAAACAGAGGUGGAGGGAGGUAGAGCAUCUUCAUCAAAAUCACACUGCUAGAAGGCAGAACUAGAUCUUCAAAACAGACCUUCCAUGUCCAAAGCAGCGGUCUUUCUACCAACAGCCCACAUAUGAUAAAGUCAAAGGCAUUUUCCCUAGCUUUUAAGCUCCUCCCAUUCCCAGCCAAAUUCUUGGUAAUUUUUUAGUUAUGCCACCUCCAAAUCACAACUAUUUAAUAAUAUCAUCUCCAAACUAAAAUAAAUAGCUUUCAAAGCAGAAUGUGAAAAAAUUAUAGAAAUCCCAAUAAUAUAAAUAGCUGUUAAGUUUGCUUGUUUGUUGAAGGUGUAAUUUCUUACCCACACCCUUAGUGAGCAGAAUCCAUAAUGUACUUCCCUAACAGCAUGACUAAAGAGACACUGAUGACAAUAAACCAAGUGUAAACCAAGUUCCAAUUCACAUAAAUCUGUGAAAAAAAUUUUUUUUUACAAAAUACAACCUGAUUGACACAGAAAGACAGAUACUGUAUGAAUCCAUUUAUAUGAGGUCCCUAAAACAGUGAAACUCCUCAAGUUACGGAGUAGAGUGAUGGUUACUGGGAUCCGGGGGUAGAAUGGGGAUGGACAAUUAAUGUUGAAGAGGUACAGAGUUGCAGUUCAGAAAGAGAAGCAUUCUGAAGAUGAAUGGUACUGAUGUUGUGCAACAGCGUGAAUGCACUCAGUGCCAGUGAACCCUCAGGAAUGAUUAAAGUGGCAAAUCUCAUGUUAUGCAUACAAUAAAAAAAAUGGGAAAAAAACAUUAAAAUUGAAAUGUGCUUUGUUUUCUGUGGAUGAGGAUAACAGCUGCACAAUAAUUCAGUCUUAAGAGCAAUCUAAAAGACACAUUUGCUUAUAACAGGUCCUACUCUAUUAAGUCACGUACAUGUCCCCCAAAGAGUCCAAAUCAGAGUUCUUUCUCCCAUCACCAAGAUGAGGCAUAGCAGCACGCAAAGCCCAUGCUAUAGCUAGAGAUGCCGUAGACCAAAGUGUGCUGGCCACGCUGGGUGGAGAAGGUGGUGAAGGGUGAAGAGCUCUUACCUCCCACUACCCUCUCUACCCAGCACAGCCCCUGGAGCACAGAUUCUCGCAGGACCUUGGUGUUGGGCCAUGGACUGUGAGGGUGCCAGACCUCUAAUGGUCCUGCUUGGUAAACACGUGAAGAUGUUUCUGUGAGGGCAGACUCAAGAUUGCAGAAGGGAACUUAUUCUACAUUUUGGCAAACUCUAGUCUGAAUAGAAAAUAAAGAACAGAACUGAAAUGUAAAACAGAAAUCCUUUUUACAUUGCUUCACAAAUUUUAGAACAAUUUAUAGUUCUAUACUUAAUUUUAGGUCUUCAAAAUGAAUAUGGAGAACGUGAAGAUGGAAAGAUCACCAGCUAAAAUGAAUACAUUUGUUGGUACUGUGUUAGGGUACUUCAUUUUUGUAGUGUAGCAUAAUCCUCAGUAUCACAAAGAAUAUUUACAAAGCACCUUCAAAUACGUUCCUUCUGUCUGAUCAGAACCACAGGGCAUCAUAGCUGGAAGGAAUAACUAAGUCCAUGUUUGACUAACAGAUGAGGGAUGUAAGACUGAGUGACCUACACAAGAUUUGGUAGCCAAUCAGAAGCAGAGAAGACCAGAGCUCAGCAUUUCAAACAACUUUCCAGUCUCCUAAGAUUUUGAGAAGUGUCAGGAACUUUAUCCUACAAGAGCAUGGAUAAACACAAAGAACAGGUGAUUUCUUGUAGUUUGUUACACUAAGAAACUCUUACAUACAUAAGCCUCUUAGUCUGGAUAACCUGAAGAGUAUGUGGGAAGGGACAGGGAUAGAUAAGAUAAGGCAAGCUGUACAGAAUUUAAUAUUCCAGCUAUCAGAUCUUGCUGCUGAAUGAAUAUUAACACUCUGAUGGAGUAUCCCCCACAGUGUAUUAGUAUGUAAUUAUUCCCGCUACUUUGUGAUUCCCACUAGAUUUCAGGAAGAGAAAAAAUUAGCACUGGGCAUACAAAGACUUUUACAUUUGACUCCUCAAUCAUUCCCCCUACCAAGGUAUUUGAAAAGAUUUUCAUUCUAUAGUUUAGAGCCAGCUACUUUGUUUUACCCACCAACUCUAAAUGAAUUCUCAUGUUAUUGCAUACACAGUCACCUCUGUCACAUAAUUUUCUUUUUUCAAUUUUUGGUAUGUGCUACCUUUCAAUAUUCAAUGCAUAAAUAAAUGUGCUGAAACCGAUGAAAUAAAUGUUUGGCUAUCCCAAGUUUCUGGUCUUAAAUUUAUAUAAAAACUAAAUGCUUUGUAUAUAAGAUGUAGAAAUGCCUUUGACCAAAGAGUCCUCAUACUUAUUUUAGUGGAAGGUACUCACAAAAGGUUACAUCUUGCAUACUGGCAAAUAAAAAAAAACUCAUUCACUGGUGAUUCUAAGGUCUUGUGUGUUCUGAGGUCAUUUUAAUAUUUGUGUUGAUCUUUAAUAUCAGGUCCUGUUUACUUGUUCCCAAAUGU